GACUUCUUAGUCAACUUAGUGUACAGGAAAUCAAAUGUCUAUUUAGAUUACAUUAGACUCAUGAUUUGAGUCUGGUUGUACAGCAUUUAACAAGAUACAGAGAAGCUUAUUCAAACUUAUUGCUAGAUUUGUCAGUGCUAAUGUAGGUCUAGUCUAGUGAAGCUCAAAAUUUACCAUGGAAAAUGGUAGAACUAGAUCUAAAGCUGAAACGGAAUAUUCUCAGUUUAUUAAUUUUUUUUGUGACCACUCUUCCGAAGAGAACGAUGAUGGCCCUAUUGUGUUAUAUUCCCCUUACCUUGUACUCAGUGAACUUGAAGGAGAAUGUUUAGAAUGGAUACGACGAUAUUUAGCAAUGCACAACUGUCCCAGAUCUCUGUUGUCUCAACUUAUGAGAGCUGUUUUUACAAGAUUUCAAGACAAAGUCAAAUUAUCUGAUUACUAUGUGGAGAUGGAAGCUCAACAAACAAACUACAAUACCGAUGGUGGAACUGAUGAAGAUAAAAAUGUACAACCACAACUAGACGCUGCAAAAUUGUUGGGUAAAGUCCUGUCUGAAGUAAAGGAAACUCUCUUGUCAUGGAAACAUUCUCCACCAACCUACACCGGCAACUUGUCCGAUUUUCUGGUCAGCUCAUAUGCUAUUAAAAACACAAGACGUAAAAUGGAAGAUAAGCAUGUUCUCAUCACUGAUCUAAACACCCUUUAUGGUUUAAAUAACUGCCCCCCUCAGUCAUACUUUGCUAUAUUUGAUGGUCAUGGUGGUUCAGAGGCUGCCACAUAUGCUGCAACCCAUCUUCAUGGCCACUUAGUAACAGACCAUAACUUUGCUUGUGACCCAGGCCUAGCCAUGAAACAAGCCUACAAGACCACAGACUAUUCAUUUGUACAGAAGGCUAAAAGAGAAGAUCUACGCAGUGGAACAACGGGUAUAUCUGUAUUGAUACGAGGGUCAGAUGUCCAUCUAGGAUGGUUGGGAGAUUCACAGGCUAUUAUUGUUCAAAGUGGGAAACCAGUGAAGAUUAUGGAGCCCCAUAAACCUGAAAGAGAGGAUGAAAAAAGAAGAAUUGAAGCUCUGGGGGGCUGUGUUUUGUUUAUUGGUACGUGGAGAGUCAAUGGAAAUAUAGCAGUCUCUAGGGCAAUUGGCGAUAUAACACAUAAACCUUUUAUCUCAAGUGAUGCAGAUGUCGCCAGUUUUCAACUGACUACACAAGAUGAGUAUAUUGUCAUUGCUUGUGAUGGAUUGUGGGAUGUAUUAGAUCCCUCGCAGGUCACACAUUUGGUCUAUGAUCAUGUGCAGUCUUCAUCUGAUGACAUUGUUGGAGUGGCCAACAUCUUAGUAAAUGCAGCAAAAGACAAAGGCUCAUCAGAUAACAUUUCUGUUAUAGUGGUGUUUUUUAAGACAGCGCUGGCUGAUCCAAAUAACACACAUUUACCUCUGGGGCUUAAUGAGCUUAGAGACACAUUGCCCACAUCAGCUCCUGAAAGGAUUGACACACUGCCCACAUCAGCUCCUGAAAUGAGAGGCACAUUGCCCUCAUCAGCUUGUAAUUCAUCUUCAGCAGCCAAUGACAAAUCAAACAUGCAGACAAAAGGCUCUUCUGCGUCUUCUAUAUCCCUGGAAUCUUCUUUAGGGCUGUCCAAUCAUUCAUCGCAAGUUCUGGCAUCACAAAGUCACAUAAAGUUAGGAAGAGUAACCAGUUGCCAUAAAGUCAAGUUGAAGUCAUGAAGUCAUUGCUUCCAACCUCAAUGAGUAACUCUUUCAUAUAUCUAUUGGUGCUUCAUAUACAGUCAAUUUUGUAUUUUAUUUUUGUAUUCAAAAUAACUUUGAAAUGUAUUCCAGUGAUUCCCAAAUUUGUUUUUAAUAACACAGUAUUUGUUCAGAUUUGACUUUUUAGAAUGUCAAUUAAAAGUCUGAAGUGGGGAAAAAAAGGUUAAUAACGGCUUGGUACUUAAUGGCAGAUUUUUUUGUCUAAAUUAUUUUACCUAUUAUACCAAGCAGUCUACUCAUUGUAAUUUAUCAUUGAUUUUUUGGUGAAGCUUUAGCUAAGACACCCUUAUUGGAUUUUGUAUUGUAGUAAAGAAAAAUAGAAUUUUCAAAUCUUUGUCUUCUAUUUGUUCAUUCAUCAUGGCCUGAGACUAGUGUCUGCCAUGAAGCUGAUUCCACAAAGUCUCACUCACAUCUUGGUAGAAAGUUCAGGAGUAUUUUUCUCCAACAACUCAUUCUGUAAUAGUGCUAUCAACAAAACAGAGGCACUUCCUGUAGGCUUUUAAAAUAGAAGCGGACCAUUUCUCUGUAAAUAAAGAACUGUUCCCUGGCUUUUCUAAUCAAGACUGCAUGAUGUGUCUUCUUUGAUUAAAAUUUUCUGCCAUUCAACUUUGGUGCUGUUUUUCUUCCCCUGUAAGUGUGGAGAUGGUGAGUUGAGUUUUCUUGUUUUUUUAAACCUUUUAUUCCUACAUAGGAUGAUAUUCAUUAAAGCUAAAGCUGAUUGCUAGGACAAAGCUUUCUUCAAGUUAAUAGGAGCACGUGAGCUUGACUUCAUUGUUUGGAGAGCACAGUAGUAGAUUAAACUCACAUUUAGCUUCUAUGCACUGUACUCGUUUCAUUUCCACGUACACUUUUUUUGCUUAUAUUUACACUAAUAAACAUGAAAUAUCUGUAUUGGGGAUCAUGUUUUUGUUUCUAGACUUUCAAAAGCUCUUGUGGCCUUGAGGAUGCUCUAAACUUGUAUGUUUCUUGACAUGCCAUAUACAUUAGAUUUCCCCUGGUCUCUUUUCUACUUACAUCUACUACUGAAGCAAUAAAAUGUGACACACACACACACACACAAAACAAUCAAAAUUUCAACCCAAAAAAAAUUGAAUCAAAGAAGUUCUUUGCGUGCAUGUAAUCAAAUUAAAAACUGAAUGAAACAUAUGUCAACAGUGAACAAGAAGACUAAGGGAAGUUUGUGUUACACAUUAAACUUUGGGCAGCCCCCAUGAGUGAUCCUACUCUCACAUCACAUUACACCCACCAUGGCAAAUCUAGAUCAUAUUUACCCAAUUCUCCUUGAUUUCACAAAUCUAAAACUGUUAUAAUCAUUAACAUAUUUAGGAGGAGACUAAUCAGUGUCCAUUUCUCUUUGAAGUUGCUGAUGAACUGCCUUAUUCAUAUUGCUUUGAAAAUAUUUUUUUUGUAUAUGUAUAUACCAGAUGCAUACUUGAUUUCAAAAACGAAAGGGCAUAAUUUUGUGUGACCACUAGAAACUAUUGUUACUAUUAGCACAAUGAUGUUUAAAUGUAAUUGAAUCUACAUUUGUAGGGAAUGUAAAAAUAAAUAAGACUGUGUGUAAAAUAAACCAUAAUUUUUUAUUUCAAAAGUAAAAGCAUAUAUUUUUGGAGAAUCCUCUUAAGUCUAUUUAGAGCUUGAUGAUGGAUUGCCAAUAAAGCCGGUAGACUUUUAGAAAAGACCAUGGGAAUUUUGAACAGCAUUUUGACUCCUUGAAAUUGUUUAUAUGUUGUUGCAUACAAUAUAUAAAUAUACCUACAAGUAUGUUUUUAGAAAUUCAAAAAUAGUGCUUGCACUUAUGUUUUGUAUUCUCUUUUGAAAUAACAUCUGUAAUUAGUAGGAUAACCUUAUUAGUGAAGGUGAUUUUGUUAUUUGAGUUUUUUCAGAUCCAAACAAGUAAAGAAAACUGCACAAGAACAAGUGCCAUUUUACAAAGCUAAGAAAUAAACAUUUACUUGCUAGCUUUUUUAAAACGAUGUUUACUUUGUAUAACUGUUCUCAGAUUAAAACUACCUAAACGCUUAAGUUCAAUUCUCAAAUUGUUCUUUUGCCUGCUGACAACAUAGAACCAUUACAGUUUAAAUAUAACCAAAUAUACUAAUUAAGUGAAUAUAGAAAAUAAAUAAUAAGAAUGAGUUUUGACAAUCUAAGUAUUGAGCACACACACUUAUUGUUUUAUUUUUUUUUUAUCAUCCCCUUAAAUAAACAUUUUGGGAGCCACUGGUGAUAUGUAAAAAAAAAAAUGUAUAAACUUAAUGUAUUUAGGGCCUCUCUAUUUAGGUCCAAUUUUUUACUGUUUAUAUUGCUAUGAAGUUUUUUUUGUUUUUGUUUUUUUUUUUCCAGUCAAAUGUUUUUCUGAUCAUUAUUUAGAAUAUAUGUUGAGUAUGCAACACCACAUGUGUUCAGUUGUCAAUUGAAAAGAUUAGAUUAAGAUGUGUUUAACAUUAUAUGAAGUUUUGUUUAGACAACACGUUGAAAUGAAUCAAAAUAAUUGUAUUAAAUCAUUCUAGCAUUAAUGUUUUAAUGCAGUAAUAUUAAAGUCCUGGCCUGUACUAUGAUGGGGAAGAUAAACUUACUAAAGGAAGAAUUGUAUAAAUCUAUUUAGUUGUAGUCUAUUUAUAGUAGUGGAGCUGAAACAAUCUAGAUUAGCCAGUACCCUAGGGGAAGAGUUUCAUUCAGAAUUCACAGACCUACAUGUGUUUCAAACUUUAGCCAGUACCCUAGGGGAAGAGCUUCCUUGGCCCAUUCAGAAUUCACAGACCUACAUGUGUUUGAGACUUUAGCCAGUACCCUAGGGGAAGAGCUUCAUUCAGAAUUCACAGACCUACAUGUGUUUGAGACUUUAGCCAGUACCCUAGGGGAAGAGCUUCCUUGGCCCAUUCAGAAUUCACAGACCUACAUGUGUUUGAGACUUUAGCCAGUACCCUAGGGGAAGAGCUUCAUUCAGAAUUCACAGACCUACAAGUGUUUGAGACUUUAGCCAGUACCCUAGGGGAAGAGCUUCAUUCAGAAUUCACAGACCUACAUGUUUCAGACUAACAAAGCAACAAAUAUGUUUCUGAAUUAUGUAAAAAAAAAUAUAUUUAUUUUAACAAUUGUUUAUUCUAAAUUUAAAAAAAAAACAACCAAGUUUUGGCAUUUGAUAAAUGUUUAAAAUUAUCAUUUUUUAAAAUACCCAGAUUGGUAGUACCUCAUUAUCUGUUAAGUAAGCGUAUAGAAACAUUCCUGUAAAUUCAAUGCACAAUACAUAAUGAUAGAUUUUAUAUAAUUAAACUAUGCCUAGACCAUUCAAUUGCAAUAUAAAGUCGUCAGCAAUAUUUGUUCACCUAUUAACCAAAAAAUAUUUUCAUGGGAAUAGCUGUAAACUUUGUACCUGUAAAAAAAAAAAUUACUUAGUGGCAUGCAGAUUGAGUCUGGCACUUAUAAUCUCUUCUUGUUUUUUUUUUUUUUUUUUUUUUUUUUUUAAUUAGAUAUUCAUAAUCAAUAAUUUGUCUUUGAUUUUGAAUGUAUGAAAAUUGAUUUGAAAUUGGAAAGUUUAUUUUUACCAUGAUAUAGGUAAAGCUCCAGCUCUGGAUUUUUAUUUCACAGAAAACGGAGGCUUUAAUAACAUUAACAUAAAAGCCUCAAAUCUACUGAAAUCUUAACAUUAAUUUUCAUUUUGUGUGUGUGUGUGUGUGUGAAAUGUUUAUGACUAUGUUUUCAAUAUUGAUCAGAAAAAACAUUUGACAUAAUUCCCUUAAAACUUACAAUGUAUCUAUCCAAUGAUAGUAUCCUAUGAUAAUAUUUGAAGCUGUAUUGUGUGAAAGUCUCUUAUGUUGUUGCACCAAAUGCUAGAAUGAUAUUUAUCUGAUUGUGUGUGUUCUAUGAUAAUUUUGUGAAACUAAGCAAACUUUACAGCUACCUUCAUCAAUUAAAAUGUGUUGAUCAUUUUUUUUUUUUAAUAGUGAAAUCCAAAAUACUAUUAAAAAAAAUCAAAAGCAGUUUUUAGAAACAAAUGACUAAAGCUAGAGUUUUAAAUACAAAAAUGCAAUAGAAAUCAUGUAGAGUUAAUAUUCAAUUAUAUGGAUGGCUGCCUGGUCGUGCGGUUUGCACGCUGGACUGUCGUUCAGAUUUAUCGAUGGUCCCGGGUUCAAACCCUGCCCGCUCCCAUCCCCCGCCGUCCUGCGGGAGGUUUGGACUAGGAAGUAAACUAUCUUCAACUCUGGAGGAACAUCCGAAACAUGUCAAAACAUUUUACAAACAUUUUAUAUAUUUUUUUUCAAAGCAAUACUUCACCAAUCUCAGGGUGUUAUUUUGUCAUGUUUGUUUUGCAAAACGAAUUUAAAAAUAAAAGAUGAAUUACUGUUGAAGGCAUCAGAAAACUGUGGUAUGACUAAUCUCUAUAAAUAUAACAGCCUUUAUCAUGACCUCACUCUCUACAGAAUAUUUCUUCCCUGUAGCAAGAUUAGACAACAUCUAUAUUAUUAUUAAUAAGUGACAUUGUUAGCAAUAUAAUUAUAAAUUAUGCUUUAAAGGCAAAGACUGCUUUAAUUGAUCCUUUUGUGAGCUAAGCACUUAUUGCAAAAUUUUCAUCAAAUAUUUAUUAUGAAAAUUCUUGGGAUUGUAUAAGCUUUGGUUUAGGUAAAACUGAAGGAAUGCUAAAAAAUAAUUAGAAUAAAAUAGGUACAUUUUGUUUUUUUUUCAUUAAACAGGUAGAAUGAACCAUUUGGAAUUUCCUACCAGAGUUAAGCAUAAGUCAACUUUUUCAGUGCGACAGAUCUAGACCAUUGCUAUCAAUUGUUUUUGUUAAUUUAUUGUCCUACGUUAUGUUUGAAUAAAGGGAUGUAGACAAAUAUUUUGUUGUUGCAUGGAUCAAUCAAAUUAUCUUAUCCUACCAUAUCUGUUAUACUGUGUAUCAACACUCAGUUUUUUAGUCUUUCUUGUUGUAUUGAUUCCAUUUCAGUGUACUUAUGGCAGCCUUUGAAGAUACUAUUUGAUAUUCAUAUAUAGGUCAGCAUUGAAAUUCUCUUAUAUAAUGUUUCACUUUUUUUAAAAUCAGUUCUCAUGUAAUUUAGAACAUUGAAGUUGAUUAAGGAUACCUAUGCUAUAGAAGUAAUUUUGAAUAGAUGUGUUGGUCAGCAUUGUAAAUGUAUGGAAGAUAUUGUUGUUUAUAGGGGUUCAGUGUCAUGGACUAUGUAUUCUUAAAAAGCAAAAAAAAAUAAAUAAUUUUGCUGCCAAGAUAUAAAGUUGAUUUAACAAUUUAAAAUAGAUUGGACCCAUUGAGUUAGGUUCAUAGGGCAGAAAAUAGGAAAGUGAAAGCAAAGGCUGUUAACAAAUAACAUGACAUUGCACCUUCUUAGAAGACCUAAAAUCAGUGGGCACCAGUUUAGAAGAGGCUGUGGAAGUCUCCCUAUGUCUGAUCUAUGUGGGGAGAGCUUACCACCCUAUAUGCAAAAUGGCGAUGGAGGACCUAAGUCUAGUAGAUACAUAAACUCAGUAAAAAUGUAUAAUAGUGUAAUUAAAGUACUAUCAGUUAACUCUUUUAUGUUCCACCUAUACAGACAGUUCUUAAUGUUUUUGUCAACAGUACAAUGUACUGAAGUGUUGGUGUUUUGUUAUUGUUCCCUGUUCUGCAAGCGAAAUGUUUUUGUUAGCGAGAACCAGCAAUUUAAGAAACCAGAUAACCUCAUAUUGAUAUGUUCUAUAUUAUCUCUUAUAUAUAUUUUUUUUUUUACAAUAAAAUAGUUUGGAAUGUUUCCAAUGUCUUGAAAUAACAAUACUCAUAAAAAAUGUUAUUGAUUAAAUUGUUAAUUUUU